GAUGUUUGCUUGACUUCCUAUUCACCUUCACCUUCACCUUCAUCAGCAUACAAGCAAAAAGUGAAUAGAUUGUUACCUGAUCUUUUCAUUCGGGCCUUACACUUAUCAUAGAUUUUUUGUAAUUUAUCCCUUUGUCAAAUCAAAAUUUUCCUCAACAUGAAUUGAUGUCUUUCUGUACUCAACAUCUGCUGUAUUCGAUAGGUUCUAAGAUAAAGAUAAUUUCGAAUACAAAAGGAGUCUCCCCAUAAAUUCUUUUUCUUAUAUUACACUCAUACUUGGCAAUCAGAAACCAUGUCUUUUGCUUCCGAAAAACGAAAUGCAAGUCGUGCUAGUUCUUAUACUUUUUCUCCAAAGGUAUCUCAAAUACCUGAAGCUCCUUCUCCAGUUCUUCCGCCAAACAUCCAUCCAACAACUUUCUGCGCCAUUGGUGCUCAUGCCUGCGAUCUCGACAUCCUCUCCCGCCUCCACACUCAAACCGUGCGAGCCAUGGGCCGCGACGUUUCCCGCGAGGAAUUCUAUCUCCGUAUGGAAGGACGUCCUGCCAGAAGUCUCGUCCCCAUUUCUCCCCAUUCAAGCAUCAAUCCAUUUUCAUCUUCCAAUACCAAAAUCAAUCCUGGAUAUCAAACAUCUGGGAAAUCUGGAACGGAAGGUGGUGGUGCUGGGUCUAGAAGUAAUAGUUUCAGAAGUGGUGUUAGUACAAUGGAGGAAAUAGAGCCAGAUCAAAAAUUCAGAGAAUUUGUAGCACGAUGUGUGGGGAUUACACCACGGGCUUUGUUUAUGGGAGUUGGAGCUACAGAGAGGGCCGAUAGAAAGGUAGGGAGGGGACCAGGAUUGACGGCUAAGGAAGAAGAGGAAAAAGGGGUUUACGAGAAAGUUGAUUGGGGAGAUGGGAUUUCUGAGUUUGAUGCAUGGGUCGACAUGGUAUGCAAAGAGGUCCUGGCUAUGAGAAGAAGGCUCGAUGCUUCAAAAGGCUGAAUUCAAAUUUGGUGAACGAAUGAGUUAGAGGACUUUUGAUGGAAUGGAUUGGUACCGUGUAUCUGUUACAUCAGUUUUAUUGAAGGCAACUAGUAUCUUGAAGUGUAUCGUCGGUUGUGUUUAUCACUCGAUCCAUCGACUCUGCCCAUUAACACUGUUAUUGAAAUUGGGGUGGGAGAUGUAUCGCUGGAAAACAGGAGAUGCAGAUUGGGAGAGUUUUCUCUUGCUAUAGUUGCUUCCAUGACGAAGAUCUCCACACUCGCAUAGAUUUAGAGCCAGCUGUACUUCAACAAAUAACUACUGGCGGGUAAUAUAAUAACAAUAGCA